GGUGUCAUUCUUUUUCAAGAUAUUAAAACCACACGUGCGGCGUGCCACGCUGGCAAUCCGGGCAAACUUCUUCCGAAUUCCGGUCAGUUUGUUAUCGUCUUCUCCCGCCCUCCCCAGCCCUUUCAAACCAGCCAUAUAUUAACCCCUCCGGUCUCCGCCUUCAAUGACAAAACCCCCAAAUCCCAAUUCUCAAUCUCCACUGAAACUCCAAGAAUCGCCCGACAAUGGUGCUGCGUGUGGCCAUCUACGACGCCCCCCAUCUGAAAGAUGCCGUCCAAGCCGUGCCGGUGUCGGAAUCCAAGCACAUCAUGAUCGUCUGGUGCCCGGAGUACUUCGCCGUCCAAUCGGUUCUCCAGCUCCGCCUCCCCGGAGGGGAAAACCCCACCACCCUCCUCAAGCUCCUCCCCAAAAGCUUCCUCAUCUACGAGUCCACCGACCAGUUCUUCAACGCCGUCGUCGAAAUCUCCGAUCUUGAGCGAGUCUUCUGCUCCGCCGCGACUCUGGACACCGUCGUCUUCUCGCAGUCUCUCGAGGUCAGCAAUGGAGUCAACGAUUUGGGGUUCUUGCACGCCCGAUUCAACCGGCCUCUCGUUGCAGUGCCGUGUUUGGGAGAAGAGUACAGCGAGGAAGACCACACAAUAUCGAUGAAGAUCUAUGGAAUGUUCCCGGAGAGCCAAGUGAAAUCUGCAGACGUAUCUCGAGACCCAUCUCUGAAUCCCCUGCCUCCCGUCGUCACCUUCCUCGCCCCUAUCUUCGGCCAAGUCAUGUCUACUCUCGAAAUGAAUGCAAUGUCUGUUGUGGUAGUGGUGCACGCGGAGGAGGCGUUCUUCUCGGCGGGGGGAGGAGGAGGAGAGGGAGAGGGAGGAGAGCCGCCGUAUAAGCUGACGCUGACGGGGGCGAACGGGCUGAAGUGGACAAGGGCGGACGUGAGGAGGAGGCCGGUCCGGUUCGAGAUUCCGAUGGCGAACUUCGAAGUGAAGCCGGGGGCGCAGCUGUCGACGGAGGUGUCGCUGUACAAGCGGUCGGAGGAGGUGACGCUGGUCUGGUUCAAGCUCGACCCCGCCCUCACUUGUCUCAAGGGUGACCUCAUCCACUACUUCUACUGAUCCCAAAUUUGAAGAAGAAGAAGAUGAUGAUGAAACCACAAAUCAUCAUAUACAUAUAUAUACAGAAUAUUAAUACAAGGUUGCACUAUAAAUACGUUCAAAAAAUUGUCAAUUUUUUUUGUAGCGCAUGGCUGGAUGGAUUCAUUUGUACCGCAUGCAACUACACAUUUAGCUAUUUUCAUAAUAAAAUUUGCACUAAAUAGGACUAAAACAUAAUGACUUUCCUGAUAUAGGACUUAAAUUUUUUUAUUCUCUAAAUAGGACUUAAUAAUGACCUAGUGGAAGG